AACACGAGUAGAUCGAAUUACGUAAUCCUCGCACAUCAGUUCUAAGAUUUCGCAGUAGUGUGAGAAAGACAGAAUGGAAGUUUUGAGAAGAGUAAGCGGCGUGCUUCUUUCUAAGCAGACGAUGAAAAUAGUUUCAGUCAUCGCACGGACCUCAAAAAGAGGAGAGCACCGUUUCGUGACUAGGAGAUACGCCGCCGUUUGGACAGCGAACAACAACAAGAAAGACGGGAAGUUCCGAAAAAUGGAGACGAGUCCGGUGAUCGAGACCAGGCUGGGCAAGGUGAGGGGCAAGCUGGCGACCAGUCACUUGGGCGAUAAUUACUACAGCUUUCAAGGGAUUCCCUAUGCGAAGGCGCCAGUCGGCAGUCUGCGUUUCAAGGAUCCUCAACCAGCAGAACCAUGGACCGAUGAAUUAGAUGCAACUAAAGAAGGUCCUGAGUGUCCAUCCAGUCAUUUGAUGUUUCUUUACUAUAUUGGUAAAGAAGACAAUUGUCUGAACUUGAAUGUUUACAUGAAAGAGAUGCCCAAAGCUGAUUCUCCUCUGAAGCCUGUCAUGGUUUGGAUACAUGGGGGAGCAUUCAUCCAAGGGUCAAAUACCACUGAAUUAUAUGGGCCUGAUUUUCUAAUGGCAGAAGAUGUUAUACAAGUAUUCAUAAAUUACAGAUUAGGUGUAUUAGGAUUUCUUAGUCUAGAAGAUGAAAGUCUUGGAGUGCCAGGAAACGCAGGAUUGAAAGAUCAAGUAGAAGCUCUCAGAUGGGUUAGGGACAACAUAAAGAGCUUCGGAGGUGAUCCAAACAACGUAACGAUAUUUGGAGAAAGUGCUGGAGCUGCCUCUGUUCAUUAUUUGAUACUGUCUCCCACAACAAAAGGUUUAUUCCAUAAAGCAAUAUUACAAAGUGGAUCCACCUUGAAUCCAUGGGCCCUUGGACAAAAAGGAGUGGCAGCCAUAACAAAGUAUUUGGGUAUCAAGGAUACUGACGAAAAGCAGGUCUUGGAACAAUUAAUUAAAAUAUGCCCCAAAAAAUUAGUUUCUGCUCAAAUGAAGGUUCCCGAACAUUUUACACCAGUGAGGAGGGCAUUUGCACCAGUCGUGGAGAAACCGUCGUCUGGGGCUUUCUUAACUGAAGAACCACUGAAAAUAUUGAAGGAAGGUAAAUACAACAAGAUACCGAUCAUAAUGGGUUCCACUUCAUGCGAGGGAAUGUUAUACGAAUUGGCUAAGAAAACGAGAAAUUUAAAAAGUGCCUUGAAUUUCGAGAACGAAAUACCAUAUGACUUGGAUAUACUCACAAAAUCUGAGGAAUCGACGAAAAUUGCAGAGAAAAUCAAAAAUUUCUAUAAACUAGAUGAACUUUCUGCAGAUGAAAAAACUCAAGCUACAUAUGCGCUGAAAUCAGAUCAUCACUUCGUACAUGGACUUCACAGAACUCUCACCCUACAUUUGGAAACCAGUACGCAACCAAUCUUCUACUAUGUAUUUUCUUUCGAAGGGGAGUUCAAUUUCUUCAGAAAAUUUGCCACAUCCAAGGCACUGCCCAUCUAUUUCGUGUGCAUCUAUCUCCUAAACAACUUCGACAGGGAAGGAAUAAGGAGCUUUCUAACCAAAAUAGCCAAUGGUAUGGGUUACUCCAAACAUCCAGGAGUCUGUCACGCCGAUGAUCUGGGCUACCUGUUCCGGACUUUCUUCACACCAAAAUUCGUGGAAGGUAGCAAAGAAGUUGAAACAGUUAGACGUCUCGUAACGAUGUGGACGAAUUUCGCCAAAUAUGGUAACCCAACGCCUGAAGGAAACUCAUUGAAUAUUACGUGGAAUGCAGCUGAAAAGGGCAAACAUGCCUAUUUGGACAUAGGAACUGAACUGCAGAUGAAAAAGAACCCAUUCGAAGAAAGAAAUGCAUUCUGGGACGAGAUCUACAGGGAAUGUGGGACAUCAAGCGACAUGAGCUGUCCACAAGUGGAAGUCGAAGAAGGGAUCUUAGAGGGUUAUGUUUGUGAAAAUGGGGUUGAAACUGGAAAAAGCUUUUUCAGUUUUCAAGGGAUUCCGUAUGCUAAACCACCUUUAGGAGAUCUGCGUUUCAAGGCACCACAACCUGCAGAAUCAUGGACGGGCGUGAAAGAAGUGAAGGAAGACGGAUCACCUUGUUAUGCAAAGAACAUGAUGACGGAUGAUACAAGUGGCUCAGAGGACUGUUUAUAUUUGAACAUUUACACACCUAAGCUGCCAACAAAACAAGGAGAAACAUUAAGUUAUGAUCUGAAACCUGUAAUGUUAUUCAUUCAUGGAGGCGCUUUCACCUGUGGUUCCAACAGUAAAAACUUCUAUGGUCCUGAUUACCUUAUUCGUGAAGAUGUUGUUAUUAUUUCGAUUAACUACAGAAUAGGAUUUCUAGGAUUUCUCCACCUGAAAGACCCAUCCUUAGGCGUUCCUGGAAACGCAGGUCUGAAAGAUAUGGUCAUGGCGUUACGAUGGGUGAAAAACAACAUAAAAAAUUUCAACGGAGAUCCAGAUAAUGUAACCAUAUUUGGAGAGAGUGCGGGUGCAGCAUCCGUUCAUCUUCUGGUUUUAUCACCAAUGGCCAAAGACCUGUUUCACAAAGCCAUAAUUCAAAGUGGAUGCGCUCUGAAUCCUUGGGUCGAGUGCGGAAAUAUUUCACCAGCCAUCGCUAAAGCUCUGGGAAUUGAAGAAAACGAUGAAACUACAUUGCUACGAAAACUGAAGGAAAUGAAAGUUGAAGAACUUCAUCGAAUUCAAGAAAGCUUUCCUGACGUUUGGGAUGUGAGUAUGAAGCGAAUGGCUGGUUAUGUGGUAGAAAUGCCCAAUCAAGAAGAGGAAGCUUUUCUCACAGAACAUCCGCUGAAAAUUUUAGAGACAGGCGAAUAUAAUCAAGUGCCUAUCAUUAUGGGUUAUACUACGAGAGAAGGAAUGCUAAUUCAUUUCACACAUAAAAAAACUUUCAAAGAAUACACACCCGAUAUCGAAAGUGUUGUACCGUAUUACCUUGGGCUUGAGAAAAACUCAGCAUCAUCAAAAGAACUGAGCCGAAAAAUAGUGGAAUAUUAUUUUGGAGAUCAGGAUACUGGAGAAGCAGACAUAGAUAUUGCUUAUAAGCUUUGGUCCGACAAUUUCUUCAUCAGAGAUAUUUAUAGUUCCAUAACUUUACAUGCCAAAACAAGUUCCUUGCCCAUAUACGUCUAUGAGAUGGCUAUAGAAACCUCACUGAAUAUUUUGAAAAAAAUGUUUGAAAUCACUACACCAGGCGUUUCUCACGGUGACGAUUUAUUUUAUAUAUUCAAAACACUUCUCAACGGUGAAAUUGAACCAGACAGUCCAGAAGACAUAGCGGUCAGAAGAUUUUGCAGACUAUGGGCAAAUUUCGCAAGACAUGGAGACCCGAACUCUGCCACUGAAGAUCCUCUCCUACAAGUUUCAUGGAAAGAGUUCAAUCCCGAAGAUGAAAAUUAUUUGGAAAUUGAUCAAGAACUGUCAGUCAGAAUGGAUCCAGUGAAAGAAAGAAUGCAAUUUUGGGAAGAAAUAGAGCAAAACAGGGUUGGUGAUAUGUGUUCCGAAAUGGGUAUAGAAAUAUUUUCAGUAUAAUGGACUGUAUAAAUUAUUAACUCCUGCACUGGUUUAGUUGUUUAUUUAACACUUUCACAAACAUUACCUGAUGGUUAUUAUAUUGGUUUUACUAUAUAUUUUAGUUUUACUUUGUGCAGUAAUUAAACGCAGUGAUUUUA